AGACCUCUGUGCUGCUUACCUCACAGAGAGCUUUUGUCUAUGCCAAGAACAUGUCUUCUACUCUUCCCCUUUUGUUAGUUAGUUUCAUCCUCCUGUGGGCCACAACAUUAGCCUCUGAUCCCGACCCAGUUCAAGACUAUUGCUUACCGAAUCCAAAAUCUAGUGCUACAAGAACAGCGCACCUCACCAUCCUCCCAUGCAAGAACUCGUCCGAGGCCAUCACCGAUGACUUCAUCUUCUCCGGAAUGAAGGUACCAGGUAACUUCUCCGACACAGGCCUUGCGGCCAUCUCGGUAAACCCGACAAUCUUUCCAGGGAUCAACACUCUAGGGAUGUCAUUUGUAAGAGCUGAUCUCAAGGCGGGUGGAAUCAAUCCACCACAUUUCCACCCAAGAGCCACAGAAAUAGCAUAUAUAGUGCAAGGGAGUGUUUAUUCUGGGUUUGUUGAUAGUACAAAUAGGAUUUUUGCCAGGGUAAUUGAGCAAGGAGAGGUCAUGGUCUUCCCCAGGGGUCUAGUUCACUUUCAAAUGAAUAUUGGCAAGAAGCCAGCUACCGUUUUUGGAAGCUUCAACAGCCAAAAUCCAGGAAUACAAAAGAUCCCAGCCGCUAUUUUUGGGUCUGGUAUAAAUAAUAAGCUUUUAGAGAAGGCAUUUGGAUUGAGUCCCAAGCAAAUUGCACGGAUGAAAAAAAGAUUUGACCAAAGUAAAUUGAGGUAAGAUGUGCCAUAUUUGGUAGGGCACAUUGGUCAAUUAAAUUGCAUUGCAAGUUAGUUUUGUUGUUUUGCUCCAUGAUUGGAGUACUUUUAUUGGAUGUACUGAUAAUUUGGAAGAAAUCAAGAAAUCAUCUAUGAUUAGAAUGCAGGA